CUGUUAACACAUUUUCCGACACAUUUAAAACGUCAAUAACCAGGACAGUUCCAACUAGCUAGCUAAAUAAGUUUUGAAAGACAGACUUUUUUAUUUUAUACAAUUUUCACUUAGCUGACAAGCUAGUAUAUUAUCUAUUAAGUGUUUUUGACGUCACCAAAAGUCACCUCAGUAUCGCCUGAACCGUCGUUUCUGUUGUCAGAUUUGCACAGGUUUGCUAACACUAGCUAGUUUACCAGUAUGGAUGUCUUACGUCCUCCUCUUAUAAAUAUAAAUGGAAGAAUAUACCGCAGGAAUAUAAUUAAGGAAGAGCAUUAUGAGGAAGAGGAAGAGUUUUCUUACAUGGGACCACCAGAUGAUGAAGAGCUUGGAGAAGAUGAAACCUGUGAUACCCACUUAAUUGAACAGAGUGAUAAAGGAUAUCGCUGUGCCAUCGAUGUCCCAAGUGUUCUUUACAAAUACAUCAUUGGGAAAAAAGGAGAAACGCGUAAACGUCUGGAGUUUGACACAAAGACGUCUAUUAACAUCCCAAAACAAGGAGUGGAAGGGCAGAUUGUCAUUACAGGUUCCACCAAAACUGCAGUUUCAUCUGCUGUCACUCGGGUGGAGGUCCUUGUUGAGAAUUUCCGGAGGAAGCAGCCCUUCACACACUUUUUGUCAUUCCCUUUAAACGACUCAAAAAUUCAAGAGGGAUUCCUGAGAUUUAAAGAUGAGGUUUUGAAGCAAUGUUCACAGGAUCAUGGAGUAGAGGAAAGCAUAUUUCAGAACCCUGCAAAGCUCCACUUGACCAUUGGCACCUUGGCUCUGUUAAAUGAAAUGGAAGUGAGAAAAGCAUGUGAACAUCUCCAAGAGUGUCAAAACUUCAUCAGAGACAUCACUGAAGGAAAACCUCUCCCACUGGAGGUGACAGGCAUAGAGUACAUGAAUGAUGACCCAGCAGUGGUGGAUGUUUUGUAUGCGAAGGUCAAUGUUCGAGAUGGAUCUGACAGGUUGCAGGUGAUUGCAGACAGACUGGUAGAGCAUUUUGUCUCUGCAGGGCUGAUGGUCCGAGAGUGGGACAGAGUAAAGCUACAUGGUACUGUGAUGAACACUCUGUUCAGAAAAGACUCCACAGUGGAAGAUACAGGCGCAGCAGGACGUCAAACCGUCAAUGAAAGAGAGGCUUUUGAUGCCAAAAACAUACUAAAGAAAUUUGAUGCUUAUUGUUUUGGAGAGUUUGAGCUGAAUACUGUCCAGCUGUCCCAGAGAUAUUCAACAGACUGCACUGGAUACUACAGCUCUGCAGGGAGCAUCAGCUUGUCUUGAGCUCAUGCAAGAGUGAGCAUAUACUGAGUGACCACAGUCACCAGAUCUCAGUCCAAUAGAGGACCUCUGGGAUGUGAUGGAAAGGAAGAUUGGCAUCAAGUAUAUGCAGUCUGUAUCACCUGCCUGAUGCUGUCAAGUCAAUGUGGACCAUAAUCUUUGAGGAAUGUUUCCAGCAGCACAGUAACAAUUUCAUCUAAAUAUUUGGCUUAAACAAUUUACAAUCUUUGCAUCUUGUUCAUGUUUACACUUUACACAGCAUCCCAAUAGAUUCAAAUGCAGAUCUUCUGCCAAACUGGCUUCUAUAGCUGUCCAAACACUGGUUGAAUUUCAUGCUGCUCUAAUCUCUUGCUUGCAGUACUCUAGGUCAUAGCCAUGAUUUACACCUUUCCUUUCAUCCUUUCAACGCACUGCCUCAUGAAAGUAUGAAUGCAUCACCGAUAUGAUCUUUCAGACCUUUUUUUCUCCUCCAGCUUUUUUUUUUCCAUCAUUUUUCUUUAAAUCUUUGCCUUUCCCACAUGAACCUUGUCUUCACUCCCGACUGUCAACAGUGUCAGUGAAUACAGACACUUGCUUUUGCCGUCACAGCCUUUUUUUUAUUUUCGCUUUCCCCUCAGCUGGCAAUGCUCUCUGCUUGGAAUGCAGGAGGGUGAUUGCCAGGCAGCCAAAAGUUACACUGAUAAAAACAAAGGGGUCUUUUUGUUUGUCAGCUUUGCAACCCUGUCCUAUCCACCCUCCCAUCCCAGCAGUGGCAUGAUUUUCUUUUCUUCUCUUUUUUCUUGAAGCUGCUUGCACAGAUUCCCAUGCAGAUUUUGUUAUUGGAUAUAGACUAGCCAGCUGAGCUGCCCAUACCCUCACUAUUUCAUUGUCUUGGAGUGGGAUCUUUUCCGACCUAGGACCUGGGACCUAAUUAAUCAUGCCCAGAGCUCUUGACAGCAUGCUUUUUAGUGGGUCAGGAUUGCAUCCAACGUAAAAGCACUCCAGCUAAUAACAGAAUUCUGACACUUGCCAAUACUAUUGCUCCUAAGCACAAAAAGAAAGCAUCACAAGGCAAUUGAAAUUUGAUUGAAUUCAUUGAGACUAUGCCUCUGUUUUUCUUUUGGCAGGGACAUGAUUGAGGAUGUUUUGCACAGAUGUCCGCAUUAAUGAUUGUACUGAAAACACAUGAGGAAACAUACGUCAUCCGUAGACACGGACUCUGAAGACAGAUACGAUUUGUCCUGAGACUUAAUAUAACGCAUUCAGACUGACUGUUUAUUUAAAUGGCCAUAUGUCUUCUUAGCUGUAUAGAUCGGGAGCAUAUUGGAUUAUGGCUGCAAUGAAGGAAUAAUUUCUCACUAUCAGACAUUCAUAUUGUCUUGAUAAAUUGGUUAAUUAUCUAUGAAAUGUCAGGAAAUUUGGAAACAUGGGUAACAUUUAGGAUGCCAGAUUUAACAUUGAUAAGUUGGAAGCAAACAUUUAGUAAAUGGUUUUUGAAACUGUAAUUUAGUUUUAAUUAAGUUAAAGGCUUCGUGUUUAAUAUUUAAUAAAUUUUCAGUCUGUUUUCAGCUAUAAAUGUGUCCAAGUAAGAAUUUGCUCACAAAAAGAUUGAUAGAUUGCUACAUUGUAUAGAUUAUUUAGCAAAUGUUUUUUAUGUCUGUUAUUUAUAUAGAUAGGACAUAAUAUAAAAAGUUGCUGAAAAAAUUA